AUGGCUCCCCUUACAGCACUCCUUGCGGCUCCAUUGCUAGCAGCAACAGUGCAAGCCGCCACUGUCGAAUACUGGUGGAAUAUCAGCUAUGCCAACGCCAACCCCAAUGGCCUGUCAGAAAGAAGAGUCAUCGGUGUCAACGGCUCUUGGCCGCCACCUCCCCUCCUAGCAACCCAAGGCGACACCAUCGUCAUUCACGCCACCAACGGCCUCGAAGAUCCGAAUAUCGGUACAGCCCUGCACACGCACGGCAUGUUCUUCAACGGAACGAAUUACUAUGACGGUGCUGUUGGAAUAACGCAGUGUAGUAUACCUAUGGGGAGAUCGUUGGACUAUGUGAUUGAGACGGACAGACAGGCUGGCACAUUCUGGAUGCACGGGCAUUAUCUUGGACAGUACAUUGAUGGUCUGCGUUCACCACUGAUAAUCGAGCCUCAAAACGGGACUGGCCGAUCGGACGACAUAACCUGGGACGAAGAUUACACUCUUGUAGUAUCUGACUGGUAUCACCGCCAACACCUCGACCUACUCACAAACGAGUUCCUCUCCUGGGAGAAUCCCACCGGCGCCGAACCCGUCCCCGACUCUGCUCUCGUCUACCUUGUGAAAGAUGGCGAAUACUAUCCUUCCCCCGCUGCUGUCGCUUCCGGCGAGUCUACCAACAACAAUCUCAAUAUCCCAUUCGAGGCCGGAAAGAAGUACAAGAUCAGAGUGAUCAACAUGGCUGCCCUUGCCAUGUUCUUUGUGGCUAUCGAUCAGCACGAUAUCCAGAUCAUCGAAGUUGACGGUGUCGAGGUCGAACCCUACUACGUGGACGCCCUGCCGAUUAGUGUAGCGCAGAGGUACUCAAUUUUGGUGGAAGCCAAGUCCGAGAGCGAUACCAACUACGCCAUGACCGUCAUGCAAAGCGAGGAAAUGUACGACUACCUCCCGGACGAGCUCAUCAUGAACAACACCAUCCAAAUCUCCUACUCUCCUUCCAACUCCCCCGCCUCCGACGUAACCUACCCCGAAGAGUUCCCCGACUUGGACGACACCAAGCUCGUCCCCCUCCUCGCCUCUGCCAUGGCUCCCGCCGAUAUCGAAUACACUCUCCACGUCAACUUUGACACUUACGACGACGGCACCAACCGGGGUUCAUUCAACAAUAUCACAUUCCAAGAACCGCCCACGGCCUCCAUCUUUACAGCUCUGACUAUGGGCAACAACUCGUUCAACCCUGCUAUCUACGGGGCGCAGACGCACGCGUUGACGUACCCGCAUAUGUCCAAUAUACAGUUGACAGUGUUCAACUGGGACUCUGGACCUCAUCCGUUCCAUUUCCAUGGGCACGAAUUCCAGGUUGUCCAAAAGUCUUUCGACGUGACUUCGGACGAUGAAGAGGAGAACCCGAAUGGUGGGGAGGUGACGGAAGGGCAGAGUAACCCGAUGAGGAGGGAUACGGUGACGAUCCCCGGGACAGGCAAAGUGGUUCUGAGGUGGAGGGCUGAUAACCCCGGCGCAUGGUUCUUCCACUGUCACAUCGACUGGCAUCUCUCCUCCGGCCUCGCAGCAGUCUUCAUCGAAGCCCCCGAAAAAUUCCAAGAAAACACCGUCGUACCGCAGACGAUCGUAGACCACUGUGAAUACUGGGGUCUGCCCACGAGUGGGAACGUUGUUGGGCUCAACUCGACGACGGAUUUCAAGGGCCAGCCUUGGGGACCUCUUCCUCUUGUCAUCGGCUGGACGAAAGAAGCAGUCUUCUCCCUCUUCCUUUGUAUCGCCUCCGCCCUCAUUGGUACGUAUACCGUUUUGUGGUACAACCAAAACAAGAUGGACCACCGGGAUAUGGAAGAGCAGAUCAGGCGAAAGAUGGAAGCAAAGAGGGCGAAGAAGGGACUGUUGAGGCGCGUGACUGGAAACUAG